GUGGGUGCAACCGUUUUGUGUCCGCUGGCCAUCUUGACUAGCCCCCCACGACGGCGGUCCUGGCACAUUUGAAUGACGUUUUAUCGUUAAUGUGAGGCGCUUCGAACUCAUUCGAGUCUCGACCUACGGAGCAGGCAACACGCGAACCACCGCGCAAUUUCAAAAUACUCGUUGCGCGCGGUUUUUCCUCGAAGAUAGAUCAAUAAAUAUAUCGCUUGUGCGAAUUCGCGUGCGCCGCCGCCCAAAAGUACUUCUUUUUUUCGACAUAAAUAUACGAACCACCAAGACGAACACUUAUGUACGAAAAAAAAAUUAAAAAUAUUAAAGCAACAACAAAACCUAGGAACUAAUCAAUAUUUGAAGGGUAACAAUUUUCUUCGAUCGAAUUCCAUCCAACAGACACCGCGGAUCAGUUCGCGUGUGAUGCUGCACAGUUUCUGUCCAAGAAGACGCUAGCUCGCCAAAUCUUCCAAGUGGUUAUAUAUAUUUUUGCGAAUCUGUUGCUUCCGAGACACCGGUCAUUGAUGAGCAGUCAUCGGCAACCACCACUUUCAUCCCCGCUGGCUCCAUCAACUUCAAGGAACACGUCGUGUCGCGAUCCCCGUUUAAGACUUCAGGGUUGGUCCAAGCGUUGGAUGCAGUGUACCCCUUAUUGAGUAGUCCAACUACGUCACACGCUGUUUGUUUAUUUCGUUUUUGUUCGUUUGUGAUUUUGAUCAGUAUUAUAGCCGUUUCGUUCGAAUCCUAUCGAAGCGAUAAUUAAGGGAGGAUGGCCGAAGCGGAGGAUCAUUUGAACACGGAUUCGACGGUCACCAUACCGAUUGAAACGAAUGAGUCCUCGCAGCAGCAGCUGGAGGUGAAGUUCGCCGAAUGCGAGAAAGAUUCUAUACUGUCGACGUCGCAUUCGCAUUUGAGUAUUGAUGACGAUGAGAGCGAUGAGGAAUAUAAGCCUAAUAUUCCCGAUGGAGGAUGGGGAUGGAUAGUGGUUCUGGCCUCGAUGGUCAUAUCGAUGAUCGCCGACGGAGUCAGUUUCUCAUUUGGGCUACUGUACAUCGAGUUUCUGAAUGAGUUUAAGGCGUCGAAAUCUACGACUUCGUGGAUCGGAAGCCUUUUCAUGGCCGUGCCUUUACUGACUGGACCGAUAAUGAGUGCCUUGGUUGAUAAGUACGGCUGCAGGAAGAUGACAAUCUUGGGCGGGUUGAUUGCUGGUUCUGGAUUCGUUGUCAGCAGUUACGUGGAUAGCAUUGGAAUCAUGUUUCUCACGUUCGGCGUCUGGUCUGGUUUAGGUCUAGGUCUAUGCUAUGUCACAGCUGUAGUGUCCAUCGCGUACUGGUUCGACAAGAAGAGGACUUUUGCCGUCGGUUUGGGAGCGUGCGGAACGGGAAUCGGAACGUUCGUGUACGCGCCUAUGACACAAUUUUUUAUAGAAGAAUACGGCUGGCGUGGAACAAUUCUUCUACUUGCUGGAACGUUCUUCAAUAUGUGUGUUUGCGGUUGCCUUAUGCGAGAUCCGGCUUGGUGGAUUCGAGAACAGAACAAGCAAUCUAGCAAAAAGUCAUCGAUUUGCUGUCAAGAUGAGAUUCCCGACAUAGAUGAACUAAGGAAGUUGUUAAAAGAAAGCAAAGAAGGAGAAUAUUUGCUCCAACAUUUGGUCACAUCCGUGGACUCGCCGGAGCACGUCAAUUACAAUGAGCAUCACCGUUCCGACUUUAAUUUGCCCACAUUUGUUAAGUUAAACGAAAAAGUGCCUUUAGAAGUAUUAGAAAAACUUAAGGCGAACAAAAGGCUGUACAAAGUGAUCUUGGAAAACUAUCCCAGCCUUCUGGUUUCCCGAAGCACCUCAGACAAGGGUCUUAAUAAAAACUCGGAAGCCUUUACAACCAGAGUGCCUGUAACCUUAUCAAUGAAACUGAAGAAAGCCAAUAACACUAAGGUAUUAAAACAUCAACAAUCACUGCCCGUGGAACCACUGCACGAAACCCUAUUGGUUCGGAAAGCAUCGCUAGAGGAGAAGUUGCAGCGAUCCGAGUCGAUUCCUUGGUUAAAACGUCAAUUCUCUACGACUCACUACUACAAGAACAUACGUCUGCACAGAAACUCGAUAAUGUAUCGCGGUGCGAUGCUGAACAUCCGAAAGUACCACCUGAGGGCGUCCAGUUGUCCAAAUAUUUAUAAAAAUUCGAUGACCACUUUGGCGAAAGAAAGUACAGAGAAAUGGUAUACAGAAUUAAUAGAACUGUUGAAAGGAAUGGCGGACUUCUCAUUGUUCCUCGAAUUCCACUUCCUCUUAAUGUCACUGUCCACCAUUCUCUUGUUCAUCUGGUUCAUUGUGCCUUAUUUUUAUCUAGCCGAUCACAUGAAACUCUUAGGAUAUACAGAAUCACAGGCGUCUUUCGUCCUUUCGGUCAUCGGAAUGACAAAUACCAUUUCGAUGAUCGGUUUAGGUUGGGCUGGAGACCGGCCAUGGCUGAACGUCAUGAAGACUUACGCGGUCUGCUUAAUCUUAUGCGGAAUUUCCUGCAUGGGAAUGCUGUUCUUCGCCUACGACUACAUCCUGCUGCAGAUAAGCUCCGGUCUGUUCGGGCUGUUUUUCGCAAGCAGCUUCUCGUUUACGCCUGUCAUUCUUGUCGAACUUGUUCCAUUAGAGAGAUUCACAACCGCCUACGGCCUUAUCCUUUUAUGUCAGGGCAUUGGUAAUCUUUUAGGACCGCCGAUUGGAGGUCUGUUGUUCGAUUUAACGCAAAAAUGGACUCAAUCAUUCUACCAGGCUGGCUUAUGGAUCAUAGUGUCUGGGAUAUUGAUAGGUAUUAUACCGUACACAAAGAACAGGAAGAUCUGGGGCUCAGGGCCCGUCGAAAAAGAGCUUGCGGCCAGCGAAAGAAGCAGCCUCUCGUAAUACAAUCUCAGUGGCCUUGCAAAUACGUAAUAUCUAGUAAAACUCUCCAUUGUUUUCAUUAGGAACUUUGCAUUGAUUGUCUAUUUAUUAAGAAAUGUAUAUUUUCUUGACUUUCAGCUUAACAACGUGGUGUGAUAAAUGUAUUAACUUUAAAACUAUAUAAACUAAGUUAACGAA